CCCAUUGGCUGAGAACGGACUAAGGCUCUGUUGUUCAGUACGAAUUGAAGGAAACCUCACCGACAAAUGUUAGCGAUAGAUCACCAGUGAUUAAAUUAAUUAUUAUCAAGUCGUGUCGGAUAUUAAACAAUAUUUGUGGCAAUUGAAUGCGGUGGAAAUCUCAGUCGUACGGAGGAUUGUUAUUAGUCAACUAUGCUAGCAGUGCUAGCUUACUAGCCGGGUUUCUGCUGUUGAGUCUGCCAGGCUUGCGCUAGGGGCAGAGAGGACAACAAAUUAAUGCCAUCAGCAAGGAACUCAGGUCAUAUUAUGAGUGGGGCGAGUUGCAAAGCUAACGGAGCUGUAUACCCUGCCUCAUCAGCAAUGAUGAACUCCGUGAAGAAGCCGAAGAUGGAGCAGAUUCAGGCCGACCAUGAGCUGUUCCUACAGGCCUUUGAAAAACCCACUCAGAUAUACAGGUUUCUCCGCACAAGGAACUUGAUUGCACCCAUAUUUUUGCACAGGACACUCACAUUCAUGUCUCACAGAAACAGCCGAUCAAACGCCAAAAGGAAAGCUUUUAAGGUGGAUAGUAUGUUGCAGACGGUGGAGAAGAUGAAGGGAGAGCUGGAUUCUCCAAGCUUGUCGUCACAUCUACAGUUAACCUUUACUGGGUUCUUCCAUAAGGAUGAAAAGCCAUCUCAGAAUUCAGAAAAUGAACAAAAUUCUGUGUCCUUAGAGGUGCUACUUGUCAAAGUCUGCCAUAAAAAACGCAAGGAUGUCAGCUGCCCGAUAAAGCAAGUGCCUACAGGUAAAAAGCAGGUGCCUUUGAAUCCUGACAGUAACCAAACCAAGCCUGGCUCCUGCCCGUCCUUACUGGUCUCCAGCAAUGAAUUUGAGCCCAGCAACAGCCACAUGGUGAAGUCCUAUUCGCUCCUCUUCAGGGUGUCACGCACAGGGAGGAGGGAAACCAAUGGUCUUGUCAAUGGGGAGGCCAAUGAGAACAUUGAUGUUACAGAUACUCCCAGUAGAAAGAAGAGGAGCUCAUCUCAUAGAGAUGAAGGAGAGACCACAGAGAUAUAUGUUGCACAAAUGACAGUCUUUGAUAAAAAUAGGAGAUUGCAGCUGCUGGAUGGGGAGUAUGAGGUGUCCAUGCAAGGCAUGGAGGACAGUCCUCUGAGCAAGAAGCGAGCCACAUGGGAAACGAUUCUUGAUGGAAGGAGACUGCCACCAUUUGAGACAUUCUCUCAGGGACCCACACUUCAGUUCACACUGCGCUGGACAGGUGAUGCGAGUGGAAAGUCAACUGCCCCAGUGGCCAAACCUCUUGCUACACGCAACUCAGACAGCUCCAGCCCGAUGGAGACCAGGACCAGCAACCACAGAGCUGCCCUAAUGACAGUGAAAGAGUCGGUCAGCACAGACAUUCAAACGAGGAAAGAGCAGGUCCCAUGUGAGCCGCGGCAGAAGCUACGCAUAUUUUAUCAGUUCCUGUACAACAACAACACGCGGCAGCAGACGGAGGCCAGAGAUGACCUCCACUGUCCUUGGUGCACCCUGAACUGCAGCAAACUCUACAGCCUACUCAAACACCUCAAACUCUCCCACUCCCGCUUCAUUUUCAACUAUGUGCCUCACCCCAAAGGAGCAAGGAUAGACGUGUCCAUCAAUGAGUGCUAUGACGGUUCAUACGUUGGCAACCCUCAGGAUAUUCAUAGUCAGCCAGGCUUCGCUUUCAGCCGCAAUGGCCCAGUAAAGAGGACUGCAGUCACUCGCAUACUAGUUUGCAGGCCCAAGAGGACAAAACCAAGCUUGUCAGAGUUCCUAGAGUCUGAGGAUGGGGAGUUGGAGCAACAGAGGACCUACGUCAGUGGACACAACCGCCUCUACUUCCACAGCGACAGCUGCAUGCCCCUGCGGCCCCAGGAAAUGGAUGUGGACAGUGAGGACGAGCGGGAUCCAGAGUGGCUCAGAGAGAAGACUGCCACGCAACUUGAUGAGUUCACAGAUGUCAAUGAGGGAGAGAAGGAGGUGAUGAAGCUGUGGAACCUGCAUGUCAUGAAGCAUGGCUUUAUAGCAGACAACCAGAUGAAUCAAGCCAUCAUGCUUUUUGUGGAGAACUGUGGUGCUCACAUCAUCCGCCGCAACCUCUGUCGCAACUUCCUCCUGCAUUUAGUCAGCAUGCACGACUUCAAUUUGGUAAACACGACUACUAUCGACCGAGCCAUGGCCCGCCUGCGGCAGAUCCGGGAGGAGCUGCCGGACACUGAGGUGGAGCAGCAGGACCAGAUUCUGGUACCAGCAGGGGCCUGCAACGGCAACGUCGUCUGCUCCAGUGGAGGAAAGCAAGGCAAGAGGACAAAAAGCGCACUGACAGACUGAUGCAAAAUAGAUGAAAGGAACAGAGAUCGUCGCAUUUUCUUUCUUUACUUUUUGUUUUCUUCUUUGUAAAUGAACAGACCCUGUGGUGCUUAGAUAGACAAAGUUUCAGUGGAUAAUCUGACCCGAAGCAGACCAGGAUAUAGGGUGAAUACAUUUUUGGAACUUGAGAAAUGAACCAAAUAAGAACAACAUAGAAUUUACCCCCCCCCCCUCCCCAAGAAUGUGGGGACUGGAUGAUACACAUUAAACCUACAUUAUAUACAUUUUGUAGGAGCCACUAAAGUAUCUGGAUAAGAGUGAACAAACAGGAUGUGGCAUGAUUUCUUUUGGUUUGUCCAUGUUAGAGGAAACUAACUACAGUUAAAACUGUAGUGGUAACAUUGUCACUUUUGAUUGUACACAUAUAUACCUUGUUAAAAACACACUUUGAGUUUGUGUUAAAAAAUCUGAACUAUAAUUUUUUUAUUAUUAUUAUUUAUGCCACACCAAGACCUUAGUGCAGCUUCUCCACUGUCCUCAGUGGAGAAAUGUUUCUGGCUUGUUUCUAUUUCACUGUUGUGAAGACAUUUAGGUUGAAGGUUCUUACAGGUAAAGCAAAAUCUAAACUUUGCAUCAAUGCAAAGAAAAUGUUAAUAUUUUUAAUAAGCUUGUUUAGGGCCCCCAGAAGAAUUAUGGGUUUGCUAAUCUGGUGCCAUGACAGUAGUGUUGCAACUCUAAUGUAAGUUUGCAUCCUGGACAGCAGAAUAAAUUCAGACUUUGGGUUCAGGCUGUAACUCCUACUUUAUUGCCCCUGCGCCUUUUGGCCUUUAUUGAUCUUAACUCAAGGAAAGCCAGGGAAAAUAAAUUAUAUUUUCUGAAAUAACCAGCAGCACAUCGCAUCAUCCCAUGUAUGAUGUAGAUUACACUGCAUCAAAGCUAUUAAGGUCAAGUAAGUCGGCCACGUAUAGUUUAUUUUCACACUGAGGUUGUUUUUUUAUUAACAUGGUUUCAUUAGCUGAUUGACAGACAUGAGUAUGUGUGUAACUGCAUCAAAUGUCAGACUUGUUGCAGUAAUUAACACAUUGAAGAUCUUCUCUCAGAGCAAUAUGCUGUUUAUUGGAUGGUUGUUUUUCAGAUCCAAAUCAGUCGUCUGUUCUUUUAGGUGCAAUUUAUGCCAAAGGGGAGUUUUUCUUUCAUCUGUCUUAGUUCUGUACAUUUUUAGCAUCUUUCGUUUGUUCAUUCCACAAUAACUUUUUGAAACUCAGUAGUGGUGUUUUUGUAGUAUUCACAUGAAGGUCACCUUCACAUUCAUAAUGUUAUCAGACUUCCCUUGUGUAUAACCAGAUUAACAAUAUAUUUUUCUCCCUCCAUUAUUGCUGGAGGGCGUCUGUGUUCAUCUGGAAAAGGGAGACUUUCGUCAUCAUUAUUGUCAAGACAUGCUGUUAAAAUUCUGAACUGUACAUUAUGGCUAAGGCGGUUUUUAUAUUUAAAGAAAUAAAAUACAUUUGACCCUAUCAAAU